AUGGCGGAGCUACCGAGCGUCACCGACAUUGCCAUCUUUGACCUUUUUAACACCCCUGAAGAGGCUACAAAUCACCACAACGCCAUGAAUUAUUACAGUGUCUGGCGCCAACUCCUCAAAGGCCACGAGGAGAACGACCUCAAGACGUUGCCGUACGAGGACCGUGUGUUCACCGACACCCGAGCUUACCGAGUGAACCGUAACAACAAAGAGGCCGUGACGAUGCGAGAGAACGAUGUCGAAGGCUGGGAAGAUAGGUUCGCCUGCAACAUGGAGGUCGGUGAGCCGGUGGAGUUUGAGAAUCUCUUUGUGCCCGAUGCGUCGCCGUCGGGGUGGGUCACAACCGAGGACGGCUGGCAGAUGGAGCUCGAUGAGGACGCCAACAAGAUUCACGAGAUUGAAAAGACAAACGAGGUCAUCUUUGCGGCAUACCACACCGGCAGCGACAGCAGCAACACGGCGGCAGAAGAGAUUCGUGAGAAGCACGAUCCUGAGCUUGGUGACAUUGAGUAUGAAAACACAUUUGAAAGUCACCAUAGCAAAGAUUCGGAAGACGAUGGCGAGGACGAGGAGGAAGAGGUGACAUCUGAUGAGGACCUCAACAUGGAGAGAACUCCCUCUACAGGUGAGCCCUCCAGCACAGAAACAACAAUCGAGAUCCAGGAUCUUGUAAGCUCGGUAAAGAAAGGAUGCGUCGAAUUGCCUCUUGACGCCAAUGGUCAAAUCUCGCUUCACUAUGACGGAGCAUCAGCCCGCUGUCCAUCCGAUCCCCACCAAGCAGCUGAACAAGGUUCACUAAAGGAGCAAGCUGACAUGAGAGCUAUGAACCCGCCGAAAUUUGUUCAGGCAGUUCUCGAGAUGGCUCGCUCUGAGCUUGAAGAUACCGACGAGUUCAAGAAGCACUUCCACCUUCCCCUCUGCGACAAGCGCUGGGUACGCCGCGCCGUGAAGAACCACGCCGAAGAGGUGGAACGAGCUGAGCACCUGGUGAGCACAGCGUAUUGCGUCAACGGCAUGAUUCGAGGAAGAGACAUGAAGGAAACACCGUUGAACCAGGUCAUCCUCAUGGAAGAAUGGAUGGCUGAUGACGAGGUUGGCUCUAGGACCGCUUAG